GGAAAACAACAGAAAAGAAUGCGAUGCGAAUGGAUUCUAAUUAGAACGAUACGAUCAUCAAGAAUUCAUUGAGUUAUUGUGAGAUUUAUUUCCUUAACUUUAUGUUUAUAGAUCAAAUAAGUCGACGUCCUUCAUGCAAUACGCGAUCUUGUGUUCUCGGCUGGUUAAUCCAAUCGAUGACAUAUUAUAGUAUGACUGACUGAUCUUGGUACAUGCCAAACUUGGUUUAUCGUAAUGUCAAAUGUGCGGGCGACAUGGACAUUUUCAAAGAGAUUGCAAGCGAUCGCCCCCACAAUGAUCACGUCCAGAUGGCAGAUCCCCCCCCAUCUACAAUCAACAGACUUUAUAGUGUAUAUAGAGAACCCGAAGAGAUUUGCUAAAUUUCUAUUUGAUUUUAAUACACUUAAACGCAAUCAAUUUUAUUGCGCUCGUUUCGGUUGCCUGUCGAAUCGAAUUCAAUUUGAUUUGCUUUUCGAUGUGAACUUGGAUCUGGCACUGAGAGCACCGAAGUGUGGGUUAUGGAUUUUUCUUUUCCUUGUUUCUUUUUUUUAAUUUGGCAUUUGCAAGAUCACAAAAAAUAAUCGAGAAAACCGCGUCGAAACAUACAAAAACCAAAAAAAAGGAAAAAAAAGUUGUUUACAAGCAACCAAAAUGCGAACGUUGGAAUCUUAGGAAAAAAUGAAAUGCUGCCGCUGCGUUCCAUAUGCACAUGAUCCACAUAGACACAUCGUAGAUCGUACAUCUAUCUGGCUAUAAUCGUAUAUGUACGGCAUAUACAGCGACUUAUGUGUUAACAUAAAACAGAUGACGAGCAGCAGCUGUGACUGCCAAUCGAAUUCGCUUUGGUUACCCAACUGGAUAUGGAUAUCGCAUCGCUGUUGGGCUUCUCAUUCACGUUACGUUAACGUGCCAAAUGCCCCUUGCUUACGUCACAUUCCUCCCUCCUGCCACGCUCCACUGAUUGCAGCAGUCCAACAUGAGUAGAAUAGAGAAAACUGGGCUGCCUGCUCUCCAGUUAAUCUUCAACUUCAUCUGUGGACCCGAGAUGAUAUUAAUACAAUGUCAGUUCGUAUUAACGUUACUCUUCACACUCCUGCCGCUGCUGCGCGCGAGGUCGCCACAGUCGCUGGCCAUAGUGCGCGCACGUGACGAAUGCGCUCGCAGCGGUCGGCUAACAGCCGAACAGAGACGAACACUCGAUCGGCUCGAGUAUGCGAACGAGUUGUGGGUGCAACGCUAUCUGCACUGCUUUUGGACGCAGCUGCAGCUGUGGGAGGAUAACGAUGGCUUCAAUAGCAUGCGCAUUGUGCAGACCUACGGUGGACCGCAUCGCUUCAAUGUGGAGCAAGCCUUGCCAGCCAUCGGCGGCUGCAAUGCGCGUGCUCGGCGCACUUCGACGGGCAACGCCAUCGAUUGGUGUUACAAGGCGUUUGUAUGUAUACUGCGCACUCCAGUGGGCGAUUGGUAUCGACACUACAUGCUGGAUGUAAUCAAUGGCAAUGCUUAAAAGUAACGUCAAAGUAAAUAAUCGAUACUGCUUGCUGUUCAAUGUUCGUUAGUGUGCAUCUCAAGGCAACAGUAAUCAGUCACAGUAGACUUAGGCAACAAAAUUCAACAAAUUGAAGACUCUGAAGGCUUUGACAAAACCAAUCUGAAAACAAAUAACCGGCAAAGAUGGAAAACAGUAAUAUACGCGAUUUUGG